AUGAAGCUCAAACUUACACUACAUCAGCAGCAACCAGGAGCGAAUUCACCUGCUCCUAAUCCGAGCAAUAACAGCAUCAGGACCCUCACAGAUGAACAAAAACGAGAAAUCAUGAACAAAGUUGCCAGGACUGCGAGAGAUGCAAGAGAACCAGAGACUGGUCGACAUUACGCUUUUCAUUUCAUACAAAUUCCAGAUCCAAAUGAGUAUCCAGAGUAUUAUCAACUGUUCCGUGAUGUCGUCGCGUUCGAUACUAUGCAGAACAAGAUCAACACAAACCAAUACGCAUCAUUGGAUGACUUUACAAGGGAUUUCAAUAUCAUGAUUGCGAAUGCUCAACAAUUCAACAAGACCAAGUCGCCUGUUUGGAAGGAUGCUGCAACUCUCAAAGAAAUAUUUGAAGCUACCUUGCGCUCAGAGCUUGAAGCUUAUGGAAUCUCCCACACUCCAAUCGAACCAACACCACAACCAUCACAAUCACUACCAGCCGUCAAGGCUGAAGUCAAGGCUGAAGUCAGGACUGAAGCACGAUCAAUCAAAACGCCAAUGUGUCUCAACAUGAUUUCCAAACGAUUAAAUGGAAAAGGGUAUGACACCCAAGAGCAGUUCGAAACAGACAUGAAAAUCAUGUUCAAGAAUGCACAGCGGUAUAACAAGGAAGGGUCAGAGAUCUAUGAGGAUGCAGUUGAGCUGGAGCGCUUAUUCCAAACCUUGGUUGCCAGAGACCUGUCAUCAUCAGCUCCUAUAACUUUAACACCCGCUAUGGUUGUUACACCUGAAGGCGACUCUGUGGAAGAAGUGAAAUUUAAUGGUGAAACUUGGAAGGUUGGAGAGUGGUGUCAUAUUAGGAAUCCUUUGGAUCCGAGUAGACCAACUAUUGGUCAGAUAUGGGAAAUUAUCAAGUCAAGUAAACCUGAUGGUCCUAGUUAUAUCAAGGCCAUGUGGUACCUGAGACCAGAACAAACAGUUCAAUUACCAGGGGCCAAAUUCUACGAAAACGAAGUCUUCAAAACAAACACAACCCUAUAUUACAAACUGGAAGAAAUCGAAUCCCGCUGCUUUGUCUUAUGGUGGCGACAAUACCACAAGGGCCGACCUCGAGGCUUACCAAAGUCCUGUACAGUGUAUGCUUGCGAAUCAAGAUACACUGAUCAAAAAAGACAAGAAAAGAUAAAGAACUGGCAGCAAUGUCUACCUCGCAAAAACAAGAUUGAGAUUGAUAAUUUCCCUGAACCGAAAUCUCAACGUAAAUACUUUGCAGAGUUUGCGAGAGAGGAUGCUCAUACGCAGACACCGCCUAUAUCUCGACGACGUGCACCAAGUGCUGAACCACCUGAACCAUCAGAGUAUCUUUCGCUAAGAAGGAGGUCGAGGUCGCCUGGUGCUGAACGGGAUGGUGGAAGGAAUAGGAUGGGAAUUCCAAGUCGUCUUCAAUCUGGCCCUCCUCCUCGACAGCAAGCUCCUGCACGACCUGUUCCGGCUAUGCCAGCUGGUCAACUCCAUCCUCCGCCUCCUGGUGCUUAUAUUCCUCCUCAACUUCAGAAUCAUGUCGGACCAUUGCAAACUGCGACGCAAUAUAUGGUAGAUAAUCGUGAUGGAAUUUCCAGCAAAACAGCAUCCUACUUUGACGCUACAAUUGAUGGUCGACUCAAAUGGUUUACAGCACCACCAUUGGACGUUCUGCCGACCGCAGUAGCUUCAGAAGAACCGCUUGUGCACUCAUUGGAGUAUCUAGUAUUUAAACGAAAGAGGCUAGAAGAUGAAAUGAUGGACGCUGAACAGCAGCAACAUCAACAACCAAACUCCAAAAAGGGUCGUGUUGGUGGUAUACCAGUAGUAGCUACGGAGAAUGUGGAACCCAAUGCCAUGACUGAGCCCAUCUCCGCCCUCUUGAAGUCAAUGGCUGAAGCAUAUGAAUACGAAGCAGCGAGCUUCUUCCAAUAA